AUGAGGCGAAUUUCCUUCAUUUUGUCAUUAUUCAGCUGGUAUGCGUUGAUACCAUUUACAGAUGCCUCUUCUGCCAAGGGUAGAUCUACUGCCGGAAUCUACAAUUUGAAUUCGUGUUGUUCUAAUAUUGAUGACGAUGACGGCUGUGCUCACUUCAACAAUCAUGAAGAGCUACGAGUUGCCGUAACUGACUACCUAAAUAAUGGCUGCUCAGACAAGAAGAAGUGCGAAAAUGCAGUUGUCGAAAAGCAUGGUUGGCCGAUAGGAUCAUGGUGUGUUUCCAGAGUCACACGAAUGGAUUUCAUGUUUCAGAAUUUCAGAUCAUUCAAUGACGACAUUUCAUUAUGGGAUGUGUCUAGUGUCACCGACAUGGAAUCAAUGUUUGAGGGUGCAUCAUCUUUUAACCAAGACUUAUCAUCAUGGAAUGUUACAUCUGUGAGUAAUAUGGUCAACAUGUUCCAGGAAGCAAGCGAUUUCGAUGGAGACUUGAAAUUGUGGAAUACAUCCAGCGUCACAAACAUGGAGGGCAUGUUUUCCGACGCGCUAUCUUUCAAUCAAGACUUGUCAUCAUGGAAGACCUCCAAAGUCACCAAUAUGGACAGAAUGUUCCAGUUUGCGGAAUCCUUCAACCAAGACUUGUCACGCUGGGACGUUUCUUCUGUGAAAAGUAUGAGCGGAAUGUUUGAAGGAGCAUCAGCCUUCAAUCAAGACUUGUGUAGAUGGGGAACCAAGUUGCCUUUACAAGUGAGCAUUGAUGGUAUGUUCAAGAGGUCGGGAUGCCUUGAUUCUAAUGACCCCAUUUUGCAAGGAAGUGGACCUUUUUGCGCUGUCACUUGCACCGUCGUCGUUGAUGUAGAUGAAUCUGCUGAUGCUGAUUCUGAUUCUGACAGUGGAGACGAGGAUGUAGAUAGCGAUAGUAGCAAUGACGCCGACGAGGACAAUGGAAGUAUUGGCGCACCAGUUGUAGACGAGGCAACACCAGUCCCCACAAAUGUGCACUUUUCUAAUGAAGGGGAUAUUGAAGGCAUCUCUGAACACACUAUGGACAAUGCUACGAUAGAGGAUACCGAUGACAACCAUGUUCAUUGGGAAGAUUUUGAUAUGCUCCUCAAUCCAACUACAAUUGAAGAGAAAUGCUUUUAUUCGAAGGAAAGCCAAAGAGUUGGGGCUGCCUUACCGUGCAAUUGUGCCGAUCCAACCAAACCACUAGCAAAGACCGGUGUCUUUGCAGAUCAAUGGAAACGCCAUCACGGCGAUAUGGUAUCCGUCGCCAAUCAUUCGAAGUCAAACUUGGAUGUUGUGUUUUUGGGCGACUCGAUCAUUGAACAGUUCAGUGGGACAGCUGGAAUGGGAGUAGAGGCUCUAGAGGGACGCAAGGCUGCUUUUGAUCGACGAUUUUCAAAAAAAGCAGGAGGAAGAUUGGAUGGCAAAGCUUUUGGAACAGCAGGAGAUGUCGGCCCAAAUCUGCUGUGGCAUAUACAAAAUGGUCUCAUUGAUAAUCUCAAGCCAAAAGUUUGGUUCAUUCUGAUUGGAUCCAAUGAUCUCUUCACAACUAGAUGUACUGAAGAUUUCGUCGUUGCAAGUAUCAUGAAUGUCGUCAAGCUUGUUAGCGAGAAGUCACCAGAGUCGCUUGUUUUCGUUCAUGGUAUCUUCCCUCGUUUGGACAAUCCGAAAACCGAGAAUACUACAGUCUUGGGUGAGAUUUGGAGGAGGGGACAGCGCGCCAAUAACAAGCUUCGAAAAUUCUGUCGGAAUGACGAUAGUUUCUAUUACUUGCAUGGAGGCGAUUUGAUGUUAGAACGAUCCAACGUUACGGGGCUUCUCGAUAUCGACCCCAAGAUGAUUGGUGAUGGUGUGCACCCGACGCAUGAAGGAUACGAAAAGUGGGGCGAUUUUGUUGUGGAAGAACUCCAACAAGUUUUAGCAGAUGGCGUUGAAACGGAUGGCGACGAAUCCGAGGUUGCCGGUGUCGAUUCGAUAGAUGAAAGCGAAAGCAGUGAAGACGAAGAUAGCGUCGAGGAUAGCGAUAAAUCCGAGGUUGCUGAUGCUGAUACAACAGAUGAAAACGACAGCAGCGGAGAUGAGGAAAGCGUUGAGGAUAGCGACGAAUCCGAGGUUGCUGAUGUUGAUUUGAUAGAUGAAAGCGAAAGCAGUGAAGACGAGGAUAGCGUCGAGGAUAGCGUCGAGGAUAGCGUCGAGGAUAGCGAUGAAUCCGAGGUUGCUGAUGCUGAUACAACAGAUGAAAAUGAAAGCAGUGACGACGAGGAUAGCGUCGAGGAUAGCGAUGAAUCCGAGGGUGCUGAUGCUGAUACAACAGAUGAAAAUGAAAGCAGUGACGACGAGGAUAGCGACAAAACCGAGAUUGCCAAUGCUGGUACGACAGAUGAAAACGAACGCAGUGAAGAUGAGGGUAGUGAGGAGGAUAGCGGUGAAUCCCAGGUUGCUGACGCUGUAUCGUCUGAUGAAAAUGAAAGCAGUGACGACCAGGAUAGUGAAAAAACCGAGAUUGUCAAUGCUGGUACGACAGAUGAAAAUGAAAGCAGUGAAGACGAAGAUAGCGACGAGGAUAGCGAUGACGAGGGUGAUGCUGACAUGAGUAGCGAAGACAAAGAUGGCGGCAAUGAUCGGAUCAAGGAGGACGGAGAUGAUGGCGGCCAAGCGGGUAAAUCAGAAGGUCUUGAAGUAAAGACGAAUGAAAUUGAGGAGGUCGUAAAUAAGGAUGCGACGAAGCCCAGCUCGUUUGGAAAUGCUACAUUGUGGCCGCCUGACAAGAUGGUUGUUGGAUUCGCGAUAGUCUUUGUUUUGCUCUUGCUUUGCGUCUACCAAAUCUGCCGAAGAUGGUGCUGCUGUCAAAGUCGAUCUAAUAACCAGGGACAGUAUCGACAGGUUGCGAAUCAGAAUGGUGGUACGAGGUAUAAGGAUAAUUCCGAUGACGAUGAGUCGACUGGAUCUGAGGGAGACAUCGUGUGA